AUGACAGCUAUUGGUAGAAACUUUUUCAUAUUUUCCUUCUCAAUUUUUCUAAUUUUAUUCAUCCAAGCGAUUUUACAAGAAAGAUACACCUAUAAAUAUUCCAAAAUUCCAACUCGCUUCAAAUGCGAACCUCAAAAAAAUCAUUAUCAUCAUCAUGAAGAGAAAUAUAUCACCCUAACUUUCAAAACUAUUCGAGGCGGUGCUGGUUUGGGAAAUCAACUUUUCGAGAUUUUUGCGCUUCUUGGAAUGGCUCGGACUUUGGGAAGAGUUCCAUUCUUCAAUGAGCAAGAUCCGAGCGUUGUGAAUAAUCUGGGAUUAUUGUUGGAGACUGUGCCGAAGGCUGUUGAUGAAUUCAAGAUUCUAGCGAUCACAAAUCGAAGUUUGGCCACAGUAUAUCGAAAUUCGCCAGCUUGUUGUAUGUUUGAAAUGCAUCCAUUAUUGAAGUGUGAAACUUAUCAAUAUGUGAUUAUUGAUGGAUUCAAUUUUCAGGUUAGUGAUGUGUUUUCUCGCUGGAAAGCGGAUUUCGACCAAAUUUCUGCAAAUUUAUCACAUAAAGACUUCUUUUACUACGAAAAACAAAAAAUUCUUUUUCGAAAACAAAAAGAAAACAACGAUAUUCCGCUUGCCCGCGCUUUAGCGUAAAUUUGAUUUCGAGUUUUCUCUGGGAAUUUUGAGGAAAAAAUGAAAACCCCUAGUUUUCCUAUAUUUUCAGAGCUUCAAAUACUUCGAAAAUCUAAAAAUCCGCGAUUUUUUCACACCUUCUCCCGAGCAAAAACUCAAAAUCGAUCGGAAAAUCAAAGAAUCUUCGAAUACUACCUGUAUUCAUUAUCAAAGAGGCGAUUUUCUUCUCGAUAAUCUGCACGAGGGUACAAAUGGAACAUAUCUGAAGAAAUCAAUUGAAUUUCUGAGGGAAAACUAUUCAACCGGCUCGAUUUAUAUAUUUGGAAAUGAUCCGAAAUGGGUUCAAGAUCUCAUGGAAAAUAAUGAUUAUAAAUCAGAAAAAAUUCACAUAAUGAAUACUCCAAUGAAAAAUGCCCUAGAAGAUCUACACUUCUCCCAUCAAUUCUGUGAAUCUGUGAUCAUCACAGCUCCAUCUUCAACCUUCGGAUGGUUUAUGGGAUAUUUAUCAAAAAAUCAGCGAAAUGUAUAUUAUCGAGAUAUUUACGAUACAAUGGAUUUGGUCAAACAUCAAAUGAUUUCGGCUGAUUUUUACCCGCCAAUUUGGAAGAUUUUGAAAUUUUAA